AGGCGCCGUGCGCCGUGCUCAGCGCUCAGCGCAGCGCUAAGAAAGGAAUUUCUUAGCCCUUUGGACUAUGGCUUUUGAAAAGACUGCCCAAAAGGACUGGUACAAAAUCUUGGGUGCAGAGCCAUCAGACAGUCUGACAGAACUAAAACGGAAGUACCAAAAGCUGGUAUUGUUAUAUCACCCAGACAAGCAGAGCGCCGACGUGGCAGCGGGAGCAGUGCAGGAGCGCGUGCGGAGGUUCAUCGAAAUUGAUCAAGCGUGGAAAAUUCUAGGCAACGAGGAGACAAAAAAAGAGUAUGACCUGCAGCAGCGCGAAGAUAAUCUGACAAAAGAAUGGCCACUGCAUGCACAGGUUUAUCUUAAGGAUAUGUCCUGGGAUGAAGAUGAACAAUGUUACACUCUUCCAUGCCGAUGUGGUGGAAGCUAUACCAUCUCCGAGAGUGAAACCAAAGAGGUGGCUUUGGUUUGUUGUGACACAUGUUCUCUUGUGAUAGAGAUUCUCCAGUGAUUGUUGCAGUCAAGCACAUUAAAUGUUAAACUUUUUAAAAACACUGGACUGGACACAGACAGUGGACAAAAAGGGGACAGCAUCUGCUAAGAAAUAUGUUGAAGAAAAGGAGGGCACUGCAAGAACAAGUUCACUGAGGCUUAAAAAAAUAUGCUUAAGUGCUAACAAAAGUCUGCAGAUAUGAAGCUUGUUUUUUCUUCCUUUAAUAAAGAGUUA